AUGGGUUGGAUCCUCGGAGAGAAGUUCAACACUGUUUACCCCCACAAGGGUUCUAUCAAGGUCUUGUGGGAGUCUCGUUGGAAGUUUGCCUGCGAGAAAUCCAUCUACCCCUUCCACGAUGGCAGCAUCGAGGACUUUGAGCCUAUCUUUCAGCACUUGAUUGGGAAAAACAUUAAUGACGCAGCCACAAAUGAAUAUACCCACACUUUCCUUCCAGUCGCCUCGAACCUCGAAAAGAAAGCCGAGGAAGCCAUCCGCAACAACCAAACUGACAAAGCAUCCGACUAUCUUCGCCGCGCUGCCGUUGUCUACCGUAUCUCCCGCUUCCCCUAUAUUGAUUACACGAACAAAAACGACAAAAAUGAUAUCAAAUGGCAUGCUUUCAACCGCCAGAAACAGGUCUACCUGAAAGCCGCCUCCUUCUGGAAGCCCACCAUCAAUGAAAUCAUCAUUCCGCACACUCACCGCUCCUCUAUCGAUGGCGAGCAUAUCCCUAUCUACACGCGCUUCCCUGACGAGGCUCGCGCAGGUAACCCCGUCCCCGUUGUGCUGCUGUUGACAGGUCUUGAUGGCUACAGACCUGAUAACAGCCAGCGUACGCAUGAGAUCAUCUCGCGCGGCUGGGCGGCCGUUGUUUGUGAGAUUCCAGGGACGGCGGAUUGUCCUGCUGAUGCGGCGGAUCCGGACUCACCAGAUCGGUUGCUGAGCAGUGUGCUUGAUUACAUGGCGUCGAGGCCCGAGUUAGACACCAACAAAGUUGUUGUUUGGGGAUUGAGCGCGGGUGGUUUCUACGCUAUUCGCGCUGCGCAUACGCACCGUGCGAGAUUGGCUGGUGCUAUUGCCCAUGGACCGGGAAGUCACUACUUCUUGGAUCCGGAGUGGUUGAGCAAAGUGAAUGACCAUGAAUAUCCGUUCUUGUUAACCCCAGCCUGGGCAAAGAAGUACGGUUACGACAACGAUGCCGACUUCGCCAAACAUGCACAGAAGAAGUUCUCUCUCGUCGAGACUGGUAUUGUCGACCAGCCCAGCUGUCGACUUCUGCUUCUGAACGGCGUUAACGACGGUGUUACUCCUAUCGAGGACUGCCUUGUCCUGUUCAAUCAUGGUAGCUCGCCCAAGGAAGGACGGUUCUUCGAGGGUCUGCCACAUAUGGGAUACCCGAACAGUUUACCGGUGUCUUACCAGUGGUUGGAAGAAGUUCUGGGGAAGAAGGAUGUGAAGAAUUGA